AUGGCAAGACCCUCUUUCUCUACUUCCAUAUCUUCAUCAUCUCAAGAUUUAGAUUCGUCCUAUAAGGUGAAAUCCAAGAGCUUUCUACCAAAGUUGUAUGGAGAUUACGGGUUUUGGAACCCUAGCCCGGUUUACGGAGGCGGUUUUCCUUAUCCUGGGCCAGUUCCUCAUGGCAGUGUAGGUUUGAAACAGAGACAUAUAUAA